ACGUAGCCAGCAAGAGAGAGAGAGAGAAGAAAAGGCGGCAGGAGAGACUGUUUUGGAACUUGAACCACUGAAUACCACCAGCUUACCUGUGAAACUUCUCCACCCCACCCCACCUCAUUUCCUUGUCUAUAUAUGCCUUCUGAACCUCAUUUCCUGAUGGUUGUGGGAUUUGUAUCAGAUUGGUGGCCGUAAUCCCUCCAACCCCCCAUCCUUUUUUCCACCAAUAUUUCAGUUCAGAAAUUCGGAUUCUGGCAACACUUUUGUGCCCACAAUUACAAAUGAAGAUCUUUAAUUGGAUGCGAAACAAACGUAAUGCCAAGGAGAGUAGCAAUCACAGCUCAAAUCCACAAUCAGUGCCGAAUCAUAUAAUGCACCAACACUGCAAAGAAGAAUUCUCUGAUUGGCCAAAUGGUUUACUUACAAUUGGGACAUUCGGAAAUAACAAUCUGAAACAUUCAGACAAGUGCAGCGUCCAAGGGCCAUUACACUCCGGUCAAGAUCAUCUUGAACAGAAGGACUUGGAAGAAGUUGACAAAGAGUUGAUACGGUUACUGAAUAAGCAUAUUUCUCUUUAUUCUAGUUUAUCAGACGAAUCAGAAAAGCAUAAUAAUCUGUCAGUAGAGAAAUUCUUGGACUGCUUGAAGGAAGAUGAGAAAAAGGCCGGCGAGUUGAUGUCAGAAAAUAAAGACGCACGUCUCCAGAGGAGCACCAGUUUAGUCCAAAGGGCAGGGAAAGAUAUUCGGUUGGAUAACAAAACAAAAGGCAUCAGCAAGAAAUCAUUGUCGUUUCUCCUCAAGAAGGCAUUUGUGUGCAGAGGAGGAUUCGUGCCAAAUCCCAUGUUAAGGGAUCCACUUCCAGAUCCUAAAUUGGAUAACUCAAGAAUGGAGAAGAUAUUGAGGGCUAUGCUGCACAAAAAGAUAUAUCCUCAAAAGCAUACUCCGAGGACUGCUUCAAAGAAAUACUUGGACAUGGCUGAGACUGAUAGUGAUGAGGAACAGUGUGAAGAGGCCAGCCGUAGAAGUAAAUGGGUCAAAACAGACUCGGAAUAUAUUGUUCUAGAGAUAUGAUUUGUUUUCUCCACCAGCUAUGAAUUCAGGGUAAUGGCAUACUUCAAACCCAUUUGGAGGUUUAUGUCUUAUUAUAGGUAUUGUUCUCCAUUGGUGUAGGCAUCUACUGACCAAGCACAUAUUAGGAAAAAUACAGGUAUUCAGGAGGAAUAACUUGCAAUUCAAGAUAUCGAGUGAUUUGACGAUGAGAACAUUUGUCGUCUCUUCCUUUGAUUGGAUUGGCGGUACAAGGCCAAACGGAGCUAUAGUCUAAAUGUUAAUUUGAGGAUCAAUAACACUGUUUGGAGGGAAUUGGGCAUGUUUUUGCCAUGGCUUCUUGUGCAUGCAGCACAAUAAACUCUCAUUUUGCCAUGGUUGGGAGAUCAUUUGUAUGUAAUUCUUCAAAUUUCUUCUUGAGAUAUAUUAUUUGGAGAUAAAAAGGGGCAUACAUACAAGUUUAGUUCUCAACUUAUUUUGCUUUAUCCUUUGUUUCUUUGCUUUAUUUUUCUCCGACCGUAUGUAUGUUGAUAUUUUAACAUGGAUGACUGAAAUCUUGUCUGCAAGAUGCAAGACAGAUAUGCAUCUCUGUUCUUCAGCAUCUACAUAUACCAUUCAAGCACUCGUAUAGAGACUUUUCAGUGUCACUGCACAAAGUUUUCUAUAGCUGAGGGGAUCAACCCACAUUGACAAGUUUCAUGGCAUCGUAAAAUACUGAACCAAUCCACCAUUGUUGUGAUCAUUCAGCCAGGCAUGUAACACAUAGACUGAAUGUGAAGACGUGCUUCUUUAAAGUACCUCAUGAACUUCCAGUAUUCCAUUGAAUAAAACAUUCACAAUUCCAAUCACAGUGUAUCCUGUAAUAGGAAGUAAAAUAACAGUUACCAGGAACAAGGGAUAAACCUAUCAGAAAUCGACCUUUUCCAGAGUCGAAUAGGUGUCUUUGCAGAUAUUCUUAUUGAUAUGUACAAUGAACCCCCUUCAAAUGGAAGAGGAGAAUUCUUGUAUCA